CAGCGCGCUAGGUGUCAGACGGCGAGCGGGGUAGCCGGCCCAGCGUUUCUCGCUCGCUUAGCCUUGGCUCCUGCCGUGGCGGCCGCCAACUGGCCGCUAUCCCCCUCGGGCUGCCGUGGCCCACACCCUGCGGCAUGAGCCGGUGACCGAGCGCGGGGCCGCGCGGGAGGCAGGCGUGGCCGAGGAGCGUGAGGAGGAGGCCGUCUGUGUCAUUAUGUGUGCGUCGGUCAAAUACAACAUCCGGGGUCCUGCCCUCAUCCCAAGAAUGAAGACCAAGCACCGAAUCUACUACAUCACCCUCUUCUCCAUCGUCCUCCUGGGCCUCAUUGCCACGGGCGUGUUUCAGUUCUGGCCCCACUCCAUCGAGUCCUCCAGUGACUGGAGCUUGGAGAAGCGCAGCAUCCGAGACGUGCCCGUGGUCAGGCUGCCGGCUGAUAGUCCCGUCCCGGAGCGGGGCGACCUCAGCUGCAGAAUGCACACGUGCUUUGAUGUCUACCGCUGCGGCUUCAACCCCAAGAACAAAAUCAAGGUGUACAUCUACCCUCUGAAGAAGUACGUGGACGAGUCUGGCGUCCCGGUCAGCAACACCAUCUCCCGGGAGUACAACGAACUGCUCACGGCCAUCUCGGACAGCGACUACUACACCGACGACAUCACCCGGGCCUGCCUCUUUGUCCCGUCCAUCGACGUGCUGAACCAGAACACGCUCCGCAUUAAGGAGACGGCGCAGGCCCUGGCCCAGCUCUCCAGGUGGGACCGAGGCACAAACCACCUGCUGUUUAACAUGCUGCCUGGAGGCCCCCCAGAUUACAACACGGCGCUGGAUGUCCCCAGAGACAGGGCUCUGUUGGCUGGCGGUGGCUUUUCCACGUGGACUUACCGGCAAGGCUACGACGUCAGCAUUCCUGUCUACAGUCCGCUGUCUGCUGAGGUGGACCUUCCAGAGAGAGGGCCAGGGCCCCGGCGAUACUUCCUGCUGUCGUCCCAGCUGGCUCUCCACCCCGAGUACCGAGAGGAACUGGGGGCCCUGCGGGCCGCGCACGGGGAGUCCGUGCUGGUGCUAGACAAGUGCUCCAACCUCUCCGAGGACGUCCUCUCCAUCCGCAAGCGCUGCCACCAGCACCAGGUGUUCGAGUACCCCCAGGUGCUGCAGGAGGCUACUUUCUGCGUGGUCCUUCGUGGAGCUCGGCUGGGCCAGGCGGUGUUGAGUGACAUCUUACGGGCCGGCUGUGUCCCUGUUGUCAUCGCAGACUCCUACAUUUUGCCUUUCUCCGAAGUUCUUGACUGGAAGAGAGCGUCCGUGGUUGUGCCAGAAGAGAAGAUGUCAGAUGUCUACAGCAUUUUGCAGAGCAUCCCCCAAAGACAGAUCGAAGAGAUGCAGAGACAGGCACGGUGGUUCUGGGAGGCGUACUUCCAGUCGAUCAAAGCCAUCGCCCUGGCCACCCUGCAGAUCAUCAAUGACCGGAUCUACCCGUACGCCGCCAUCUCCUAUGAAGAGUGGAAUGACCCUCCGGCCGUGAAGUGGGGCAGUGUGAGCAACCCACUCUUCCUGCCACUGAUCCCGCCACAGUCGCAGGGUUUCACUGCCAUCGUCCUCACCUACGACCGAGUGGAGAGCCUCUUCCGCGUCAUCACUGAAGUGUCCAAGGUGCCCAGUCUGUCCAAGCUCCUUGUCGUCUGGAAUAAUCAGAAUAAAAGCCCCCCGGAAGAGUCUCUGUGGCCCAAAAUCCGGGUUCCGUUAAAAGUUGUGAGGACGGCGGAGAACAAGCUGAGUAACCGUUUCUUCCCUUACGACGAGAUCGAGACGGAGGCCGUGCUGGCCAUUGACGACGACAUCAUCAUGCUGACCUCGGACGAGCUGCAGUUCGGCUACGAGGUCUGGCGGGAGUUCCCUGACCGGUUGGUGGGCUACCCCGGUCGCUUGCAUCUGUGGGACCAUGAGAUGAACAAGUGGAAGUAUGAGUCCGAGUGGACCAACGAGGUGUCCAUGGUGCUCACGGGAGCAGCUUUUUAUCACAAGUAUUUUAAUUACCUGUACACCUACAAGAUGCCUGGGGACAUCAAGAACUGGGUGGAUGCUCACAUGAACUGUGAAGACAUCGCUAUGAAUUUCCUGGUGGCAAAUGUCACAGGGAAAGCUGUCAUCAAGGUAACACCGAGAAAGAAAUUCAAGUGUCCUGAGUGCACAGCCAUCGAUGGGCUUUCACUAGACCAGACCCACAUGGUGGAGAGGCAGAGCUGCGCUUUGCUGGCCAGAAUCUACAGGCAUAAGAGCUGGAAACUGGAGGAGUCAGCACAUGAUUACAGGCAAAACAACUGUCAAAAGUAAGACCUUGGAGAAAUCUGACUUUGCCGCUGCCUUGACCCCAUUAUUUGAGCUGUUGUCCAAAGCUUGCUUCAUACCAUUUUGUUGAAACUCCUCAGUCUUUUUUCCCGAUCUGUCCUCGAUUUGGAACCUAUGACUACUACCUCCUGAGUCUGAAAAGACUGCCAGCAGGAGGGCAGCUCCGCUCCCUGCGAGCGAUGCUCAAGUGCAAUGAAAGGAGCAGAGGCUGCAUUGCCAGUGGCGCAGGCACGGUGCGAAGCCCCGCUCCGCCACUCUCCAUCCCUUGGUCCUGGGCCAGGGUCUUUACCCGCUCUGUCCUACUUUCUCAGCCCGCCUCAGGAAGCUACUGGACACCCAGCCUUUGGGUGCAUACAAGGAAACACUUUAAAGAAUCAAUAUGAUCAUGUAUGUAAAAUAUUGGGCAUGGAAUUGGUACUGAACAGUUGUUCAUUCCAGCCCCUCCCCCUUGGGCCCUAGAAUGGUGUUAAUAAAUAAAUUUGUAUCAUCUCAUAAUUAAGACUUUAGCCCUAGCAGCCGGAAUGCCUGGGUUUGGCCUUGCCUCGUACUCGUUACUUGACGUGUGGACAGGUUCCGCAGCCUCUCUGGGUGGCAGUCCUCCCCGUGUAGAAAGGGACUGGCGGUAGGACCUGCCCCACGGGGCUGUCGUGGGGGCGAAAUGGGUCUGAGACACGUAGACCACUCUUGACACAGUAUUAGUUGUUGAUUUGCGGUGUCGGCGGACAUGAUGGCAUGAGCUACAAGAGCUCAAAAUGAAAUCGUAACACACUUUUCUAGAAACAAUGAUCAAGAGACAAGAAGUAAUAAUGACUGGCUUCUUUAUUAGUUGGUUUCUUCCUAAAGCUCCAAGUACUCAAAUAAAUACUUGUUGAUUAAAAUAAUUUUGGAACAAAGCCCACAGUACCUCUGAGGGCAGAAGAGGCUCCUGGUCUGCGUCUUGAGGUUCAGCCCUUCCUUGGCAACUGGUUCUGCCUCUGAUCAGUUCAUUCCAUUGUAGCUCUUGGUACCACAGCCCUAACUGAGGAGAGCGUAUUGACCUUUUGGAAACUGUCCCUCAGCUCCCCUUGUCUUCAGAAGUGGUUUUUACAGGGUUGUUACUCCCCUCUGGUCUGCUACUGAAGCGUCCUCGUUACCCAAGAACAGUCACUUGGCCUGAUUGACCAGCACCAUUUCCCGCCAGGAUGCCUGACCCGCUCACCUCCUAGGAGGCUGCUCACCAGGCUUGGGUGGGGGUGGGGGUUAAGGAACUGACUCUCCCCCCACCUCCGGCCACGCUGAGCUGUUCCGUCACCAACGUGGCUGCUGACUGCUGGUUCUGAUGUGGAAGUGGCUCAUAUCAUGGAAGCUGUUCUGCGGGGACUUCAGCUUUCACAGCAGAGCUUGUGGACGUUGACUGACAGUUUGCAGAUUGCCACUCACAGGCCUCCAGCAAAUGUGGGGUGAAUGGACGAAGUGUUUAUUGUUUGAAGUUGAGUUUCACCAGCCCCGUAAGGUUCUUUCGCCUUCCAUGGCUCCGUGGGUAAGAGCCGCCUCCUGCCUGUUCAACUGCGGUAAAGCUAAGGCUCCAUCCGAGCGGCUCUUUCUUUCGCCUGCUCUUGAGCUGGCAGAGAUGGGGUUAAGAAUGUUGGCAGCUAAUCCACCUUGGUUUGAGGCCUGCUGGUGCUGAUCUGGAAGAAUGACUGGAAUUUGAGGGGGAGGGGAAGAGGUAUCUGACCUCUGCGGGCCCUCCAGAAGGCAUUCGCUGUUCACUUUCUCCCCUGAACUGACAAAGAGUACCACCGCCCGCCACCCAUCACUUCUUGUGUCCAUACCCUUCCAACCUUUUUAAGAACCUGGGAGCAGGCUGGGGCUACUUGGAUUUCUUCUGUUGAUGUUGAACAUUAUGUAUUUUGCUCUCACCUAUCAGCCUCUUGAACAUCUUUCUCUCCCCGCCCCCAACUCCCCUCCCUGUUACCUGCUCUGUGGCCCUCCUCCUUCUCCAAC